CUGAUCUGCACAGACCCCCUUUGCCUGCUGCUGCCCCACAGUGAACAGGGAGAUGCUGAGGAGCUGUGUGGUCCAUCCCGGGAUUCUCCAAGCACUGACUGCCAUCCACUCUGACCACAGCCAGGGACCACAUCCCACUGCCUGCCCAGUGUCCAUCCAUGGAGGUGACCACCGUGUUCCCAUCUCCUGCCUCACCCACUGAAGGGGACGAUCUCUGUGAGAUAGAUGUCACCAACGUGGCCAUACACAGUGUGACACUGCUCAUCUGCCUCUGUGGGCUGGCUGGNAACGGGGCUGUCAUCUGGGUCCUUGGGUUCCACCUGAAGAGGGAAACCAUGAAACCCAUCACUGCCUACAUCCUUGACCUGGCCAUCAUCAACUUCCUCUUCCUCAUCUUCAUGCUCCCCUCCACUCUGCUCUUCCUGCUGGAGGAUGUGUCCUGCUCUCUCUUUAUCCUCCCAGGGUACAUAAGGUUCCUUUUCCUCCUCUUCGUGAUGUUCUACAGUGUAGGGCUGUACCGGCUGACGGCCAUCAGCAUUGAGAGGUGCAGGGCCAUCCUCUGCCCACAUGAUUGCUUCUUCCACCUUCCCCAGGACCUGUCAUGGGUGGUGGUGAGUGCCGUGCUCUGGGCUCUUUCCAUCACUGUCAUCGCUGCCCUUUCCGCCGUGACUUCCCUGUGCCAGUCUCAGGAACACAAGCACUGCCAGCGGGCUCUCAUCUCCCUGUACAUCCUCAACUUCCUCGUAUUUGCUCCAUCCGUGGUCAUUUCCAGCACAAUCCUCUUCAUUCAUUUCAAGGGUAGGCCCCAGCAGCACCAAGUCAAGAAGCUUGACAUUAUUGUCUUCAUUGUUAUGCUCUUUGCUCUCCCCGUCAGUGUCUGGAAUUUCCUGCAGCAGCUCGGCUACAUCACUGUGUCCCCCCACGUUGUUCUCCUGUUUGCCUGCUUGCACAGCAGCAUCAACCCCUUCAUCUACUUCUCAGUAACAAAGUGCUGGAGGCUCUGCUCCAUGGAAUCCCUCAGGGACUGCCUCCAGAGGAUCUUUGAGGACCCAGAAGAAAACAGUGCCUGCAGGAAUGAUGCCAACAUGGACACAGUGAUCUGAGCCUCUUGAACCCUUCAACUGCACCGAUGUAGGACCAUGGGGCAGUGGAUGAGGGGUUCCCUGAGUCACGGGAUUAAUAAAUAUCCACAGGAUCACCCCCCCACAUUUAUUCCUGCAGGAGAAGAGAGCAGGGGCAGUGCCAAGGGCCAUGUGCAAGGGAUGCUGUGCAGGGAGCACAUUGGAGCGUGGCUUUUCUGCUCCCUCACGGGUCCUAGAGCACUGUUACCGUAAAUGGAGCCUUCCUAAAAUAGCUGUGAACGCAGAAUUCCCCGUGGCACCUGCUGCCUGUAUCUCACUGCAGUCUGAUAUCAAUAAACAGCAUCGUGAACCCC